AUGGCGGAAGACAGCGGACCGAGGAAUCGGCAAUUCCUUCGACGAAAACAUAAAUUCAACAACUUUGGUGAAGAUAUGACUGGGGUGGAAGAUGUCCCAUUCAUCAGCCCAGCUCAGGCGUUGAGUACACUGGAGGAGUUGAGCUCUGAUACUAACGGUGUGGCACCAUGUGCUGUAGCUGAAGAGCUCGAGUUGGAGGAGGACCCAGUUCCAGAAGGAGCUCGACCCAUCCAGAUUGUAAUUACUAAUGAAAACGAUCAUAAGUUUGAGUUGGAUGCUGCUGCAUUGGAAAAAAUCCUGAUGCAGGAACAUGUUAAGGAUCUCAACGUGGUUGUGGUGUCUGUUGCCGGUGCCUUCCGCAAGGGCAAAUCUUUUCUACUGGACUUCAUGCUGCGUUACAUGCAUGAUCAGUCAGCUGAGUCAUGGAUGGGAGGAGAUGAUGAGCCAUUGACCGGUUUCUCCUGGAGAGGAGGCUGUGAGAGAGAGACCACAGGAAUCCAGGCCUGGAGCGAAGUGUUUGUUGUGGAAAAGAAAGAUGGAACUAAGGUGGCUGUGCUGCUGGUGGACACUCAGGGAGCCUUUGACAGUCAGUCCACUAUCAAAGACUGUGCCACUGUUUUUGCUUUAAGCACCAUGACCAGCUCUGUGCAGGUUUAUAAUCUUUCUCAGAAUAUCCAAGAAGAUGAUUUGCAGCAUCUCCAGCUUUUCACAGAAUAUGGUCGACUUGCAAUGGAGGAGAUCUUCGAGAAGCCAUUUCAGAAACUAUUGUUUCUGAUCAGAGACUGGUGUUACCCCUAUGAACAUGACUAUGGGCUCAAAGGAGGGAAUAGUUUUUUGGAGAGAAGACUGCAGGUGAAGCAGAACCAACACGAAGAGCUGCAGAAUGUGAGGAAGCACAUCCACAGCUGUUUCUCCAACAUAGGCUGCUUUCUUCUGCCACAUCCAGGUCUGAAGGUGGCCACCAACCCUCACUUUGAUGGCAGACUGAGAGAGAUUGAUGAUGAGUUCAAAAGGGAGCUGCAGAAUCUAGUUCCUUUACUGCUGGCACCAGAGAACUUGGUAGAGAAAGAAAUCGGUGGAGCCAAAGUCACAUGCAGAGAUCUGCUGGAGUACUUCAAGGCAUAUAUCAAAAUCUAUCAAGGGGAGGAGCUUCCACAUCCUAAAUCCAUGUUGCAGGCAACUGCUGAAGCGAACAACCUGACAGCUGUCGCUGGAGCAAAAGACACUUAUAACAGAACCAUGGAGCAGGUGUGUGGAGGAGACAAACCAUACAUCGCCCCAGUUGACCUUCAGCGCUAUCAUGAUGAGUUUAAGAAAACCUCAGUUGAUCAGUUUCGCGGGGUGAAGAAAAUGGGCGGUGUAGAGUUCAGUCAGCGCUAUCAGGAGCAGUUAGAGACAGAGCUUGAUGAAGUGUACACAAAUUUUGUAAAACACAAUGAAAGCAAGAACAUUUUCUAUGCAGCAAGAACUCCGGCCACUCUGUUUGCAGUCAUGUUUGUUACCUACAUGGUCUCCACCGUGGCUGGUUUUAUUGGCUUAUCGUUCAUCGCGGCUCUGGCCAGUCUGGUGAUGGGGGUGGCUCUGCUGUCGCUGUGUGCCUGGUCAUAUGUGAGAUACUCAGGAGAAUAUCGAGAAGUGGGUGUGACUAUAGACCUAAUAGCAGAGGCCCUGUGGGUACAGGUGCUGAAGCCACUUACUGAGCAAUACAUGGAAGAAAAUGUCCGACAGACUGUUGUGAACUCGAUAAGAGCCACGCUAACAGAUCAGGUGACACAAGCUACAAAGUUGAAGACCAACUGACAGUUUGCUCUGCCUUAUCUGCCCAGUGUUUGAACAAUCACUGCUUUUAUAUUGUGUAGUUUUUGUGAUGUUUGGUCAUGUAGACUCUAACCAAAGUUUACAGCAUUAUUUACCCCGACCAAUAUACACACCAACGUACAGAACUGCAUUAUAACCUCAAAGGACAUCAUUACAAAUGCUUCUAAAUUCAGGUUUAAGUGAUCAGGUAUAUGUGCAGCUUUGAAUUUCCCUUGGCUAGAGGGAUUAUUCAGAAAAGCACGGCAAAUGUUUUACAAUCUGAAAGUUAAUUCGGACACUGCGUUUCCUUUUGUUGAACAGUUGAAUUCCAGUUCUCUGUGGAUAAUUGGUAGCAUUUUCCAGUUAGACUUCUACCGCAUAGUUACUUGGUGUAAAAACCUAUUAGCAUUUUUGCUGGAUUUCUUGUGAGGUAUUUUUAGAGCCUUUAAGGAAUGCUGAAGUUGUAAAUCCAUCCAAGACACCCCUCUGCUGGGCCUCUUUCUGUACAGUGUUGUUUUAGACUGUAUAAUAGCCUCAUGCAUGUAAAUGAGUGUACAAAUAUCAGCUGUAGAUCAUACGAGGAUUUAAUUUACAGAAACGUUUGGAGAUUAUUAUGAAUGUGUCUCCCUAUUUGCCUUUUGUUGUACUUCUCCAAGUUCAGAGCACCUUUCACUGAGCAGUUUUCUAAUGCAUGAGGAGUGCUCACAAGAUGAUUUGAGUGUCAAUCUUUUAAAGGUUAUGCCAUUUAAUUUAUUUUUUAAACAAUUAAAAUGUCAAAUGUG